UUUGGCUGGCUUCUUCUACAUAAAAAAAAAAAAAAGAAGCCCCCAGGAAACUCCCAAGGAUUACCAACAAAACACAACAUUACAACCUUGAUUUAAUGCAUGUCAAAGAAAUAGGUGGUUGGUUGAGAGAAACCAGAAAUUGUUCAAAAAAAGUAUUAAAAAGCCUUUUAGAAGGUAAUAAUGUUGGGUUUGGUAAUUAAAUCUUGGGGGACUUUGGGCCUAGAAGAUUUUAAUGCUAGGGUUUAUUUAGUAACCCUUGUGGGUGUCCUUUAGGGCUGCAAACCCUCCAUCUAGGUUAUAUUGUUGGGUUUAGUUAGUUAGCCUUUUUUACCAAUGUAGUGGAUACAGCCAGAAAUGUAGCAAAUCGCUGGCAACGCUACUCAAGAGUAACAAAGCAAUACUCGCUGCCACCACAGCCAGCUGCUGCCACCAUCAUCAAAGUACUUUCAGAGAUUUUUUAUGUAAUUUUGUUGAUUUCCAACUUCUCUUGCAACACACAUUAAUGAAUUUAAUGCUACCCCACCCAAAAAUCCCAAUUUCCCAAAGGUCUCCCAAGAUUGUUUGGAAUGAGAGAUAGGCAUAAGUUGGAGUUGAAAAAACAGUUAUAACACAAAAAAUAUUCAUUGGUGAUGGAAAUUACAUAAACUAUCAAUCAAUAUCACCAGAAAAACAUGAGUCACAUCAAAGAUUCCAUGGUUGGGUGAAACUGCAAAUUGACAGAAAACAAUCUCCUAAAACUAGCUAUGAAUUCAUGAUAGUCAUACGUGUAGCAAAUUUUCCUAUAUUCUCUAAGAAGUUUAGAAUAUGAAGGGAAAUGUUCUUAUUUUUUUCUAACAUCUAUAUAUCACUUAUUCCCUUCCACUGCCCCGUCACCCUAAAAAAAAAAAAAAAAAAAAAACACAUUGCUACUAGCCUCCAAGCUGGUUUAGGAGGUAUGAGGGGUUGGGUGGGAAAUGAUGGAGUGGACCUUAUCAGCAAGUACUAACAAUGACCCACUGACAGUCUUCUCAGUCUUCCCUAACCUGAGUAACUGUGACAUAUUGGACAAACUGACUCCUGGAUGGACACCUCAGCCAAGUGGUGGAAUCCUUCCACCUUUUUAACUUUGUAGGGAUGGGGAAAUGAUGGGCAACAUGGCAAUUUGUAUCAAAUUCAAAGACUCCCUUUCAGAAAGGGUUGCUUUAUACUUGGCCUAUUACUGGGUGAGAUCACACUCCUUCCAUGUCUCUCAGUGCAUUUGUUGCCUUUUGUUUGGCCAUGGUAACAUUCCUUCCAAUGUGAAAAGCCACUGUGGGAUUUGUGAUGGCUUGCACAAUGUCAAUGGUUGCACACAAACUGUUUUCUGCCUUUUAUAUAGGGGGAUGACCUCUUUCUCACUUCCUGGUAGUGUGUGACCUGCCUCAAGGCAGCCCAGAUCCAGCAACUGCAGCAUGAGGUUAAAUGUUCUUGCACAAAUAUCAAAAGAAGAUUAAGGACCAUCAAAUCUGGAGCUUUCUGUCUUCAGACAUCCAAAAUGGUAUCUUUUGCCUCUUAUCAGGCCUCUCCCUAACACCAGAUCCUCCAACAGCUUCACCACAAUCUCCUAAGUCCAGAAAAUAGUAUCAUUCAAAUGGCUGUUGAGUCUAUCUUUCCUUGCCUGUGCACCACCAGUCCCAUGCACAAACCCAAAGACCUGAAAGGAAACAACACUCACCUGAACUUGAAAGUACAACCACUUCAUCUUUCUCUUUGAUCUCAGUGGAAGAAGACUCACAAUAACCUCUUAGCUAGAGUAAUUCCUAGUCUUACCUUACCUUUUUGUCUCUCCACAACUUAGCCCCACACCUCAACAUGUACCUUUCUUACAUCCUUCACCUCAGCUCUCGGCCAUGUACCCUGCAGCCUUGCAACCUCUUCCCAUGCUUGUUAGUGGACCUGCAUCUUCCUCCCAAAUCCUGUAUACUUCAGGUCUUUCCCUUUCUACCCUCAUUAGGGGAAUUGCACUCAUUGCCUCACUUUAUUAAUCUUUUUUCAGACAUUAGCUUCAGAGGAAUCCUCCUGAAGUAUUUGCCCGACUUUCUUUUCAUCUUCAUAUCACUCGUACAGUGCCUCCUGACUUCUCCCUGUCACUUAAUACUGUGGAACACCUGGUCCCUAUACUGGAAACUCUAUCUUUAACAGGAAGAUUCUUUAACAUCUUUCACUUCACAACUUAUCUGAUUGCCUGUAUAGAUUCUGCCAAGGCUACUCUACUUGUGAUCUGGCUUUCCUUACUGAGUCUUGGUUAUCAUUUUACUUUUGCCUUAGACAUGUCUUAAGCUUUUGAUAAAGUGGUACAAAUCUUUGAUUUCUAAACUACUCUCUUAUGGCUUCUAUCCUCUCUGUACUUUCAUUUUUUUCCCUUCUGACUGUUCUAUUGCUGCUGUGGUAGACAGUCACUGUUCUUUUAAAUCUAUUAAUAGUGGUAUCCCUCAGGGUUCUGUCCUUCCUAUCUUCUAAACCAAACUUCUUAUGCUAUUUCUUCAUAUGCCAAUGAUACCAUCCUACACUCUUCCAAAUGUUUUUGUAGACUUCUGACCUUCAGGAACUAAACAAUUCCCACAGGGAAGCUACAAAAUGCCUGACUUCAAAUCUCUAAGAUUUCUGAUUAAGGCAGAAUAAACUUACUAUUGUUCAAUGCCUGAAACUCAAUUCCUCCAUCUGUCUAUUCAACACAGUCUUCCAGAUAACUAACUCUCCCCUCCUCUUCUGUGACACUAAACUGUCUCCCAUCUUCUACUUUGAACAUCCUCUGCCUGACCUUUACUUAUAACCUAAAAUGGAAACUUCACAUCUAAUCUCUAGCUAGAAUAACUUUUAUGAAAUUAUGUAUUAUGAAUCAUCUCCACCUGUUUUUUUUCACUCCUCACCUGUUUGGUUUGUACAUGGUCCUUAUUUGUCCAUGUUUGAAGUAUACUUCUCAUGUAUGUUGGUAGGGUUUCCACUCAUAUUGCUCUUUUAGACAUGGAAUCAAAGGCUUUUUUGUCUUAUAAGCUUCUCUCCUGUAUGUAACUGUCUUCAGCCUCUCACUCAUUGUUGCACUAUUGCAUCUGUUGCUGACUUCUACCACAAUUCUCAUUAACUACAUGCCUUUUCCUUUCCCACUGCCUUGCUGUACAAGACUUUAUUCUCUCUCACCCCCCCCUGUUCUGUUCACCUGUAAUGCAAGAGUUAACCAUUAUUUUCAGUCAUUUGUCCCUUUCUCUGGUAAACUGGAAAUCCUGUCUUGCUUUCAUAUUUCAUCCUUCCUAUAACUUGAACUCUUUCAAGAGGAAUGUUUUAAGAUACUUAUUGUUUUGUCAGCUCUGUUUGUGGACCAACACCUUAGUGUACCUUUUUCUUAUUAUGCAGUAAAAGUCCAUUAAUCCAACACACAGGUGACCAGAAUUGUGUCAGAUUACCAGGAUGUAACCCUGAAAACACUAUACUUAAGUAAUAAAUUAGUAAGUAAUAGAAGAUAAAGACACAAUAUGAUAUGUGUUAUUUUACUACAAAAAUACUUCUCCAUACAUGUCAGCUGCAUCUUGAUCUGCUGAUUGUUUUUCACCAGCAACAUCAUUAGCCAGUAUGCUGUAUACAUGUUUAUUACCAUCCAUCUCAGAGCCUGGGUCUUUCCACCUUCGGGACAGAAACUGGGGUGUGUUCCAGAUCAUUCUCCUGAAGCUUUUUGAAGUUUACAGAUCACUCUGAAGUGCACUGUGGCAACAUUAUGACAUCUCUCAAGGUUCACACUGGAGAAGUGAUAUGCUUACCCUCUGCAGGGGGGGAGACAUUGUUGUAAGCAAACCACUUACAGGACUCUGGCCUCUGUUCUCUCUCCUUCUCUUGCCUACUUAAAGGGUGGCAGGAUAUGGUGAGGUAACGUCCUGUGGAAUACAUACUUGGUAAUCAUCCCUACAUGUAUUUGUGAUGAAUGCCGGAACUGCUACACCCUGGUAACUGUCAGGCAGCAUGCUUGUGGUUAUGAAAUGCUGGUAUUCACCAAACAUGGUUUACCAGUUUCCUGCAGAACUGUUUCCGGAACUGGUUCUGACAGUUCUACCAGCCCAAGGAACUGGUUCCUUGAAUACAUAAGUUACUGGUUCCUGCUCACCAUUACUACAGUAUGUUGGCUGAAAGUGGGGAGCAUCUACUUUCACUCCUUACCUGGUUUGAAUUUACGCAGGGAUCUAAUUUUGACCAUGAAUUUUUUUUUACCCCACUUUAAAAAAAUUGGAAUAUUGGCAAAUUUGAAUAUUGGUGUUUGGAUUAACAGACUUAUAUUGUAAUUUUGGUAGCUAUGGCAGGUGCCUCUCCUACAAAAAAAAAGUUUGGCAACUGAGACGUGGCUCACUGAUGUAUUCUUCUCUUCCGUUCUUGGCUAUUCUUCCUACAUGGUGGACAGGAGGCUGGUGGGGCUGGAGGCAGCCUGUUGCUGUUGAUCCACCAGUCCCUUCCUUCUAGCCCUUCCUUUCCCAUGAGUGGAUUGGAGCAUCUGGGAGUGACUGUCACCUUUGACUUAAAAUCACCUCUUCAGAUCCUUUUGGUAUAUAAUCCAUGUUUGGACAUCUUCCUAAAGGAACUUCAGUACCUAUUUUCACAUCUUUUAUCUCCAUCACUAGUAAUGAAAAUUUUAAUUGUCCAUCAUAACAUUUGAGAAUUGGUUCUUCCCAGAAGCAGGAGGAAUUGUUUGAACUGCAUCCUCUUGUAUUUUCUGGUUGUCAGUGCUUUUUUUUUUUUAUCUCUUAUUGCUCCACUUGGUGUCCCUAUCAGGAUUGAUGCUGCUCCAGGGAACUUCAGUGCCUCACCUGAAGGUGUAUUCCCAACAUUUCAGUGGUCACCAUUAAUGGUACUCAAAUCCCUUUCAAAACCCACCAUAAGUUCCUUGGUUUACUGCUGGAUGGCUCCUGUCUAACCUGGAGGCUCCACAUACCUGGUGACCUCGUCCUUCAAGAGGCUUAACCUCACAAAAUGCCUUGGAGGUGUCAAGUGGGGUGCAAACAGGAGUGUUCUUCUUCACUCUUAAUACUAUUAGUAUAUCUGGAGUCACCUGAACUACAGAUGUGAGGCCUUACCAUCUCUACUCCAAAAAUUACAGGUAAUUAGAAUUUCAGUACUCUGUAUUGCUUUGAGAACUUUUAGGUCCUUCCCUAAUCACAGCCCUUCAGGUAGAGCCCUUCCUAUUGUCACUGUCACACUGAUGCUUCAUCCUUCAUGUUCACGCCUAUACUAAACUUGCAUCCACUCUUAGCGGCCAUCCCCCCACUCUCCUCCUCCUCCAACAGCAUAGGAAACCACUUCAUGGCCCUAACCCUAUUAAGGCCAUAUUCCAUUUGUAGAUGACAGAGCCCUCUCCUUUGCUAUUUUCUGAAUCACUCCACCCUCCUUUUUCACUCUUAAAGAAAACUUUCCCAUUGGGUCCUUGGUUCACUCUCUCUCUAAUAGUCUCUCAGAGGCUCCACACACUGACAGCAUGGUUCAAGGCUGGCUUCCCAGCUCUGGGCAAGAUCUCCUUCCUGACUUUUACACACACUGCAGAAACUCCCAACACAUAUACACUGAGGUCUCAUGCUUCUCACUCUCCUGGUUGGAACAGCUAUUUUUAUACCAUUACAGUACUUUCCAUUGCCACUGCCUAGGGGUUGCUGGCUACUGCCUCUAUCGUUAUAGCAUAACUGUUUGCCAUUUAAGGGACCUCAAUUAGUUUUGCAAACAGCUAUACUUCCCUUUGCCCCAUAGUAUUUUUUCACAGAUUUUCUCACAUCUCUCCAAGUCAUCCAGUGUCACUCCCCCAAGUCACCACUCUUGCCUCCAAAUGCACCACUUGCUAAACCAUCUACCUCAAAUAUGGAUAUCUACUUUCAAUGGGUCCCCUUGCACAUUGGCAUUGUGGGUAAUGCUAUGAUCAAAAGAGUGGCAAAAUAGGCCCACUCCUACCCCUCUUCAAUGGAUUUUCCUACUGACCACACUGACUGGAUGACUCAACUUAUAGAAUGACUGUAAAUUGCAAUGGCUUUGCCAGGCUGCCUUGCUCUCCCAAAGUGGUAACAAUGUAGCAGAAUUGUUAGCAUGCCUCACAAUUUUUACCACUGUCAGAAAGACUUGUUGGAAAUCAUACCUACCUAUAUGUUGACAAGAACCCUUGUACUUUUCAAAGAUAGUGGAUGUGUGCUCCGGUUGCAAUCUGAAUAUGUCAACUACUAUUUCAGAAAUUCCAAAAUAAGGAAACGAAUGAUGACAUCCUUUACAGCCUUGGAAUAGUUCAGUACAUGGUAUCACUGGCCCCAAGUGUGCCAGUGAUGUUUGUUUCAAUAAACGUACUGUUUCCUGCUGCAACAUACAAAAGAGGGUGCUUAAAAAUCAUGAAGUGAUUGUUGAACAGUGCUGGUUUCAUUUAUCAGCUCGAAAAGGUACAUGGUUUGGAAAUUCAAAUAUUGGUCCCCUAUAAAUAAUUCUGUUGACUUAUUUCAGGUGCAAGAGAACACGCAGUUGAGUGUAGUAUUCUGACUGUGAUUGACUGGUUCUCUUUUUGUUGAGGGGUGGUAAUCGACUACUGUAGCAAGAAAUAUUGUGGGAAACUUGGUGGUGUCGGAAAAACCACUGAAAUUGACAAAGCGAAGUUUGGCAAAGGAAAGUAUUGUGGUGAACAGUUGCAGGGGACGUGGGUGCGUGGAAUCUAACAGAACUCAGCACUCUUCUUUCUGGUCCUCGUGGAGUGUUAGGAUCAACAGAUCCUUCCUGUGAUUCACAAAUACAUGCUUUCACUCACAUAAUGACAGACUAGUGGCGUGGUUACGACAAUCUCCACCAACCAAUCCCUCAACUGCGUUGACUCUGACACAGGUAUUCACAUCAAGGAGUGGCAUGAGGCAAGGCUGCUCGUUCCCUGCUACGGAUGAUGACAGCAGUAUUUUGCUGCAUAGGUUGGGGAAGCAUUCUUCAAGAGAGUACAUACUUCCAGACCCAGGUUAAUGCUUCAUACCUUCUUGCUUCGCACUGGAAUAAUGUUCAUUACUCAAUGAAGGUAUGUCGAUGUGUGCAUUAUAUUAUAUAUACAAUUUUCUACAAAUGUUCACCUUUAGGAAGAAGCAUUUGUGUAUCCCACGAUAACCCUCUAUAUGAACAGUUGGUGCAUCAUAUCAUCAUGAUCAAACAAUCAGUGCAAGUACUGGUCAUAUAGCUUCAUAUUCAGUGAUGCCAUUUGUAUCAACACAGCAUUGCAGUUAUUAUGCUCUCUUUUGCUGAAGAUUGCAGGCUUGUAAAACUGUCAGUCUGAAAAAAAAGAAAAGAAAAAAAGAAUAAUUCCAUGCAUCAUCAUUAAUUUCAAGAACUUUUAAUGCUAUGUAAUUUUUAUUUUUGACAGCUCAUUUAGAUGAAUAUUUAAGAUAGCCAUGAAUACUUUUUGUUAUGGAUGAAUUUUUCAUCUAGUAGCCACAUGACUGAAACAUUUCCUGUGGUGGUGGAUUCCGUAUCUUUUUUCUGUCUAAUAUAUAUUUACAAAUUUCAGUGUUGAUGAAACUGUCAUGAUUUGCUUAGAGUUGACACAAGGCAAUGCAUUCCAUGGGUGUAUAGAAACCCUACAGCAUGACGGAUUCACCUUGCUGGAGCAGGGGCAUAGUGGAGAGAACUACUAGAGCUGUGAAUGUUGAAGAUGGACUCCCAGGGACAAUUCAGUGUAUCACACUUUUAUGGCUCAACAGUGGAUGUAGCCCCCUACAGCACAUUGCAGCAUCCUCUACAUGGGUAUGGUGGAGCCAUUGCCACAGUCAGUGGGCCUCAGGGGACAGGUCCUGCAUCCUCAACUGCCACCAUCACUUUAGGUUAUUCAGUAUCUCAUCCUCCUCAGUGUGCUGCAACCCCACCCUACAGUGUGGCUCUCACAACUCAGAUGUCAGCACAUCCACAGAUUCAGUACUAUUAUGAGGGUGCUGAGCCCCUCAGUCCCUAUCCCCAUGUGAGGUACAACACCAGUUCAGGCUUGACUUUCCAACCUGCUAUUCCUGUUUCACUUGAAGCACAACCUCAGAAAAGAUAUGGUAAAAAAAAGACAUCAGGGACAGAGAGGACCAGUACCAAACUGAGCCGCAAGCAUUGCAGGAAUCGUGGUGAAGCUUAUGUUAGUGCCUCUGGUAAAUUUGUACCAGCCAAAAAAUAUAUGGAGCAUGACUGUCAGUGCCGCAACAAAUGUUUGACUAAAUUAGGGACAAUGACUGACCGGGAAGCUGUGUUCAGGCGAUUCUGGGAUAUUGGUGACUUUGGAAAGCAGAAUGCUCAUCUGGCUCAAAGUGUUGUGAUGGUACCUAGUGGAGGAAGCAGCAGUGAUAAGCGACGAGGUGACCUUUCUCUAGACGAAAGGCUGCUCAGGACUGUCAGGAGAUUCUACUAUGUGAAGCUACAGGAAGGCCAAUCUCGGGUGCGGGUGUGCAAGAGUCAGUUCCUAAGGCUGCAUGGAGUGUCUAAUGGGCGGCUGGACCGAGUGCUGCAGGCUCUUCACUGUGAGCAUCCACAUGCCCUUCAGGAUCGACGGGGACAGCAUGCUCCAAGUAACAAAACGGCACAAGAAGACCUGGAGUUUGUUGCACAGCACAUCGUAAAGUUGCAACAGCAGAAGAUAGGAACCUCAGAUGAGUUUGUAACUCAGGGAGUUGCAGAGAAGGAGAUAUCAGUAAAGAAGAUGCAUGAACUGUAUCAGCAAUGGUGUGAGGAGCAGGGCAAGACACCUGUCAGUCUAUGGGUAUACCGCCAGGUUAAGUCCAAGCUCAUCCCUCACCAGGAAGAGGGAAAUCCUAAAGCUAGUGGGACAAAAAACUCCCAGGCUGCCAAGAACUUGCUGAUGUCUCAACCUUACAGGAAGAGGUAUGGUACCUUUGGAUGUCAAGAGAUUCAGGAAGCUGUCACUGGACCAGGAGACACCACUGCCAUUAUGUAUAAACAUGCCAUUGGCAGUACCACACUCUCCCAAUCUGUUGCCACUUCCACUUCUGUCAAUAGUACAGCCUCUUCUAAACCUGCAUCCACUAGCACCACAAACAUUGCCACUGGCACUACCUCUGCUAUCACUGGUGUUACUCCUACUACUAUUAGUAGUAGUAUUACUGUCACCACCACUACCACCACAACUGCUGUCACCCUCACUACUGCCACAACUGUGGAACCCCUCCAGCAGAGGAAGGGAAGAAGGAAACAAAGGCAGGGUGUUUUGGGGAGUUCUACCAUGAAUCGGGAACAGAGAAAAGCCUGCAGGAACAGAGGGGAGGCAUACAUCACCUCAACAGGCAAGCUCCGUGGCAAGAAAGUGUAUCAGGAUGAGCCGUGUGAGUGCAGAAACGGAUGCAUCCCAGCCUUGGGCACCCCUGAGACACGCCAGAAGGUGUUUAACAGCUUUUGGGGUCUGGCUAGUUUCACACGGCAGAAUGCAUACAUUGCUCGCAUGGUGACUCUUGCACCUCUGAGCCAGCGACGGACCAGUGCUCCCCUAUCCCGAACCUAUUCAAGAGUCUACAGUGUGCCAUUUGAGGGUGGAAAUGAGAAAGUUCAGGUGUGCAAGUUGGCUUUUCUUCGUCUGCACGGUGUUUCCAAUGGCCGGGUGGAUCGAGUGUUACAGGCUGUGGCCUGCCAGUCUCCUUUCGCUCUUAAGGACCGGCGGGGCCGUCACUCUCCCAUAAACAAGACCCAAGAAGAGGAUGUGAGUUAUGCCUUGAGCCACAUGAGCACCUUCUCUUUUGAUGAUCCUGAUCAAUCUGAUAGAUGUUGCUUGCCACAAAACCUCAAUGUGGGAAAGAUGUACCGUCUGUACCGAGAUCAGUGUGUCUUGGAGGGCAGGAAGCCAGUGGGGAGCUUUGUUUACAGGAAAAUUCUGAAAGAAAGAUUCAACUGCCACAUCAAAAUGUCUUCCAAUAAAACCCCAGAGAAGGACCUGAGCCUCCCAGGGAGGGAGAAAACAGAUCUUCACUGACCACAUUUGCAUAAGGGUCAGCUGUGCAAGCAGUGAUGCAUGAAAAUAUAAGAUGAUAAAUUAGAAAGACAAAAUUUGAAGCAAAAAAUUGUCCAACAUCAUUUGAAGUCCUCACUUGAAGGCAUUAGCUUUGCAAUAAAAAUUGUGAUUAGUUGCUAGAAAAUAAGAAUUUGGUAAGAUAGGGAGAAUGGUGUGAGCUGUUAACAUGUUCCCUGUGUUUGGCUGCAUGGCAAGCUCUCCUGCACUGUGAUACAAAUAAAUUGUCAUCACUUCAUUGGUGGUCAAGCCAGCAAAGUGAGAAGAGCAGCAGAGUGUUGUCUGGGAGAACACCCAAACGCACUGGCAAUGUCAAAGUGUUUGUCCACCGGUGGGUCGCAUUGCAUACUAUAAAAAUCUAUGACUUCUCUGCGAUAUUAACCACGAACCACCAGUGAUUAUACUUUAUUUGUCAAUAUUCAGUGCAUCUCUAUACUCUACAGUAUUUUUCCUAUCCUAAAUUUGUUUAUGUAUUUUUUUCUUUAUUUUGCAUAUUUAGAAAAUGAUUGCUACACAGUUUUAUGGUCAACUUAGUUCAACAGAUGAGAGAGAAGAUAAAGUAAAAUAAUAAAGAUGAUAUCAGGAAAAUUAUGAAAUUAUAAAAAAUCAAUAAAGAAAAUUAUUGAAAGUUAUGGAAAGUUCAAUUGUGAUAUCUCAGUUUGAAUUAUUUGUUAUAGAAAAGUUGUAUGUUCUAAAGGAAAAAUGCAAAAUAAUUAUAGUUUUCUUGCAUAUAUUAGGAAAAAGAAAGUAUUUUUCAGUUUAUUUUUAUAGCAGAUAUUUUUUUUAUUUAUUUUGUUUUAUUUCUUUACUUAUGUUUAUUUAUAUAUGCUUUUCAAAAUGGUCACCAGUGGCAGUUUUUUUUUUACAAUUUGUCCAAAUAAUAUCAGGAAAAAUAUAAAAAAUCAUUGAAGCUUGUCAAGGAAAGUCCAAUUGUGAUAUCUGUUCCAAUUAUUUUAAUAGAAAACUUUUAUGUACUGAAGGAAAAAAAAUGCAAGAUAAUAUAGUUUUUUUUUUUUCAUGUAUUAGAAAAAAAUAUGGAAACAAGACUAUUUUUCAUAUUUUUAAAACAGUAAAAAUUAAAUAAGCUUCAUAUUAGUAUUUAUCAAUCAGUGUUUAUUAUAUCCACCUACACAUCCUGUUUAUUGCAAUUUUACUAUAUAAUCCAAUUUCUAUCAAUAGUAAGAUUAAAAUGUGAUAUACAGUGGAGACUUGAUACUCAAACUACCGAUACUUAUAAAUCAGGUAAUUCAAUCUAACCUUAGCAGAACCUUAAGUUUACAAAAAUUUCAAUGUAUUUUUUUAUAAUUUGAUUUGUGCUUAACGUAGAAGAGGAGGAGAGAAAGGUGUGGAGGAGAAGGGAGGUUAUUCAUCGGAAGAUGAGUCACCAUCCAUAUAAAAUGCUUGGUAACUUGGUAUGCUUCUUGUGAACCCUCUGUUGGAGGGUGUCACUCACUAACACUUGCACUCUCACUAGAUUCCUUAAUUUUACCAUUAAUAAGCCUCUUUGGUACCAUUGCAAGUUUCUAAAUGAAAACUACAGAUAAUGCAGAAGAAUUGUUCUCUUGACUGUGGCACAGCGGCGUAAGUCUAGGGAUGUGCACCGGUAUUUGGUAUACCACAAUACUGUUAUUUUAGUUUUGGUAAUACAGGUAUUACCAGUAUCAGAACAGGACAACCACGUGUGUGGCCAUUUGAGUACCAGGUAUUUUUUUGAUUACCAGGUUGAACUUUUGCGUUCCAGUAUAUUUAAGACGUUUGAGUAUUGAAUCUUCACUGUAUAUAGAAAUUGUUGUACGACCCACCAGUGGGUCGCAUUGCAACAGUGGAUAGUAACUGAUGACCCACUGGUGGGUCGCAUUGCAGAUAACGUGUUAAUAUUGAUUCCUAUAAAACAGGCCACUAACAUUGAUGCAGAUACCAUUUUACUAGUUAAUCUCUAUGAGAAGUAUCUUCUUUUAGCAGAAACUACAUUGAUAUUGAAUACAAGAUAUCAGUCUUUGCAUCUUUUUAUUCAAGAAAUUUUGAUAGAUAUGAUAUCUUAGUUGUGAGAAUAGCUGAUGGGAAUCUUUUGGAAGCUGGUGUAAGGAGUCUUCAUGAGAACUAUGACAAGAAGUGCAGUCAAAAGGUGAUGGAACUGUAGCAAUCCAGAAUUCCAGUCCAAGCAAAACUAGCAGCUGCGCUUCUUGUGUAAGUUUACUACAGAGAUAAAAGAAGGCUACAAGUUGUUUAUUUGCUCAUGGUUUUUGCUCAAGUUUAAUAUUGUGAGGAAUUUUGCUGUUAUGUUGUCAGCAGAUUAUUAUAAUGAAACUGAUGUUUUGAGUCUUGUUAUCCACAUGUUUAAGUUGUACUAUUUAAUUUUAUGAUAAGUUUUAUUGUGAAUUUAUGAGAUGCAUAUAAAGUUUAGUAAUUAAUUUAUUUUCAUCACUUACAUAUUAGCCAGGAAUGUUGGGAAUAAAUUUUGGUAUUUGAAAAAGACUGGGUGAGAAAGUGAUUUAUAGGUCUGAAGAAAUAUGUGCCUUAAAUAAAAGUUUGUAAAGUAAAGGAUGAAUAGAGAAGUCAGAGCCUUAAUUAAGAAUCUUAAAGUUAAGUGAACAGUGAAUGAAGUUGGACCUGAUUUGUAAAAUUGUUUUGAGAUGAA